UCUCAAGAGUACUUCGUAAUUUGACAACCAGCUUUACACUAUACGAUGGAUCAUGUAGUUUUAUGUCUUCAUACUGUAACUUGCGUAUGCUUGUGUAGCAAUGUUAUCAGUGGGUCAUACCGACGCUUUGGGCAGCUCACAUAAAUUGCGGCACAGCAUGCAUGUACGCGCCGCACAAAACAUUCUUUCUAAAAAUCGCAGAAGACAACUUGUGUUUUGCCUCUCUUUUUCAAAUUCCCACUCUUGCCUUUCUAUACUUCGAUCGAACAUGCUUCCUACGAAUCUGCCCCAUCUCGAAGCCUUGAUACAACAAGGAACAGUCCGCAGACCUAUCAACGACUUCUAUGGCACACGCGAUUACACUUCUCGGGAGCUCGCAACCCUAGAGCGCUUGGAGACUGACGCCAGUAAAGCGAUUGGACGUGAAUUGUCAACUACCGAAAGAAAAGUCUUGCUCGAGUACAAAGCACGACUCAUUGCUUCCCAAUCUCGCUGGAAGGUCUUGGGCUUCGAUGCCGGCAUCUGCGCCGGUGUGGGAAUCGGAUGGUUUACUCCCAGAAUCAACCGACUCUACCAGAAAGGUCGCUACGUGCGCUGGGUCUAUGGUCUUUUCUGGCGUGCCGCUCUUGGUGCAUAUGUCGCUCUAGGAGCUGCGAAUAACUAUGCGCGAUACCUCGAACAAUCACCUCUUCUAGCUAUACAAGUCGUCCGCGACCCUCGUAUGAGCGGAUUUCUUGAAUCGAUCAUGCGCAGAAAGGAGGAGUUUGGUGGACAUGAACCCAUUCUUGUUAGGAGUUGGAAAGAACUGAAGAAUCCCGAGCCACCGAUACAAUGGUUUGAACACAUAUUCGGGCACUCCAGACAGGGACCGUUUGACCGACCACCUAUCACUUCUCAUCCUGAGCUCUCAUGGUUUAGAGCGUGGCCUUCGGAAUGUCAGGGUGAGGAGUUAGACGACGAGUUUGUCGCGAGUCAAGGUCAAGGCCUAGGCCGCAGACGAAGCGAGCUUUUAGACAACAAAGCACGGAUGAAGCAGUUGAUGGAAGGCGUAAGAGGAUCAACUUUUAGACACCACAUCGCCGACCUUGGGUUGAAGCCUUGCAUGUAUGUAUAAAACACCCGAGUUGUGGACGGCUUCGGGACCUGGCUAUUGAUUGGUGCUCCCGAUGAGGCUUUUAGGGUCCACGAGAAUCGCGAAGAUGAUUCGGUUUCUGUGAGCAGGUCGAGGCUUAGGUAUUACUGUAGUAAGCAAGUGUGAUGCUACCUCAAUGUCCACAGAAGAAGUUUAAGUAGUCUGUAGGAACUGGGCAAAUAUCAUGGGGAAACAGAAUUAUCACUUCAUUGCCCUUCACCUCCUUCGACAUAUAAGACGCUAUCCUCCUCGCACUCGCCUGCUUCCUUCUCUAUU